AUGAAAUUUGGAGAUUACUCAUUUGUCACUUCUACUCCAGUAAAUAAGAAUUUAAAGGCGAGUAGCAGAUUUUUAGAUAACAACUCUGCAAUGCCAUCACCGAUAAUACCAAAGCAUCAUCCACCAAAUAUUCCUGUUAAAAGUAAUGUUUUAGAUUAUAAAACUAAGGAUAUAGAUGAAACAAUAUUUAUUUCUGAUGAUGAAGAUCCAGUAUUUGAACUUCCUUGUAUAGAAAAGAAGUCGACAAUGGAUCCAGAUGUAGUAAAUUCUUUAGGUGAGAGAUUUAGGAAAAGUUUAAGCGGAAUGGGAGAUGAAAGAACUGCAUUGAAUAAUGAAGUUAACAGUAACGCAAAUAAAGUAACUGAUUCUAAAUUUGGUGGAACAGCCAAGAACGGAUCUACAGUUGGCCAAAAUGUUAGAAAUUCUUAUAAGAAUAUCACUAAUAAUGAAAUAACCAAAGGAGUUUCUUCAAACACUGGUAUCAACCUAUACAACAAUAAAUUGAAUCAACGGGAUGUGAAAAAUUUUGACACUAUUAGUGAAAUUGCAAAAACUCUCAAAAGAAGGUCACCUCCUCCAACGUUUAAUACUCCAGAUAGACCAAAAGUUAAACCUAUGGCAGCUUUCAGAAAGAUGCAGAAACCUGGUCCGGUACUAUGCUCACCUCAGCCACUAACUGAACGAGUUGUUAAAGAACAAUUAAAAGAUAAAAAAGAAUUAAGAGAUGUUGUAUUGAAUCCGAUAAUAUCACAAGAAAUUAAGUAUAAUAGAGCAGUACAAAAUGCAAUAGAUGAAAUAAAAUCUACUGGAAAGGAAAUAACUUUAGAUGGGGAUACAAUAGAAACUAUUAUUGCAGUAAACAAAACAAAACGUCUUAUUGGAGGAUUAAUGAAUGAAAAUAGAAUGAUUACUAUCACAUCUAAAUUGGCAGAUCUUUUUAAGACAUUGUUAACGUUUAUAGAAAGAUUUGACACUAAAAUGAAAGUAGAAACUCCUGAUUGUUUCAUCAUGGAAUUGAAUCCUUAUCAAAAAAAAGGUUUAGCGUUUCUUAUUGAAAGAGAGAAGAGUUAUCCAUGUGGGGGAAUUUUAGCUGAUGACAUGGGUUUAGGUAAAACUGCUCAAAUGAUAUCACUUCUUGUUUAUCAAAAAAAUAAUGCUUUGGCUAAUAAACAAAUAGAACAUAUAAGAAGGGUAAAAGCUAAAGAGAAUGCUUUUAUUCCUAUUAAGACUACAUUAAUUAUAACUCCACUUAGUUUGAUGGAUCAAUGGGAAUCGGAGAUAAGAAAAUUUACUUCAAGUGGAUUUUUAACUGUAUAUCAAUUUCACGGUCCAAAGAGAACCAACGAUCCACAUAUAUUGGGACAAUAUGAUGUUGUCAUUUCUUCUUACAAUACAAUUGCUUCUGAAUUUACAUCAGUUUUCAAUAGUGAGGAUGAAGAAAAUGGUCACAAGUUUAAGAAAGGACAUGUACCUAAGAAAUCUGUUGGAAACAAAAUUCCUAAAGUUUCUGUUCUUGAUAGAGUUUGCUUUCAAAGAGUUAUUUUGGAUGAAGCUCAUACAAUAAAGAAUAGGAAUAGUAGAGUAUCUAGAGCAUGUAGUGCUUUGUCUUCUUUAUAUCGCUGGUGUGUUACUGGAACACCUGUUCACAAUGAAAUGAUGGAUGCUUUUUCAUUGUUCCGUUUUUUACAUUGUCAUCCAAUUGAUCAGGAGGCUAUGUGGAGACAAUACAUGAGUUCAGGUUCACAAGAAGGUCCAUUUCGUCUUGAAACUCUUGUUAAAGCUACACUUCUUAGAAGAACAAAAAAUGAUACAUCAGAAGAGAGUGGUGAAAAGUUAGUCAAUUUGCCAAAAAGACAUGUAAAACAAGUUAAUCUAGAAAUGAUGCCUAAUGAGAGAUUAAUUUAUGAUCAAAUGUUCAAAGCAGCUCAAAAAUUUGUAAAGAAUUUCUUGGAUGAGUUUUCUGAUAAACGCAACGAUAAUGAGCUUCCUGAUUCUAAAAAUCCUUUCUUGAACGCAAAGAUGAGUGAACGUGAUGGGCAGUUUCAAAAGAUGGCUUGUAUUUUAGUUUAUCUUUUACGAUUACGUCAGGCUUGUAAUCAUCUUUAUCUAACAAAAGCUGGAUUGGAUCUUAACUGUUUUGAUGCUAUUGAUGAAAAAUCAGCUAAACUAAUGAAAGAUGACAUAUCUAUGGCUGAAUCUUUUAAUGAAUCUGUGAUGAGUAAUGCACAAAGUGAUGAUCAUUUAGAAGUUUUCAAUCGUAAUUUUCUUAGUAGCAAAGUAAAAGCUCUUUUUAAACACUUGAGCAAAAUUUUAAAUGAAACAAAAGAUAAAGUUAUAAUUAUAUCUCAAUGGACUUCAAUGUUUUUUAUCAUCCAGAGUCAUCUUAAUAAAAAAGGAAUUCCAUAUGUUGAAAUUACAGGGGAAGUUUCGCAGGAAGAUCGGCAAAAGGCACAAAGUGCUAUAAACAGCAAAAGUGACAACGUGAGGAUAAUGUUUUUAUCACUUAAAGCUGGUGGCGUUGGAUUAAAUUUGAUUGGUGCUAAUCAUAUUUUCAUGUUAGAUCUUCACUGGAAUCCUUUUAAUGAAGAUCAAGCAUGUGAUAGGAUUUAUCGUAUUGGCCAAACUAAGGAAGUAUUUAUUCAUAAAUUUGUCUGCAAAAAUACUGUUGAAAAUAGAGUUUUAGAAUUACAAAAUAGAAAAAGAGAACUAUCUAAGGAAUUUCUUGGAGAAACAAGGGUCAAGAAGGCUAAUCAUCUUAAUAAUGAAGACUUAGCUUUUAUCUUUGAUUGUUAA